AUGGCGGUGCGCGCACAGUUUGAGAACUCUAACGAGGUUGGCGUCUUCGCUACUCUCACGAAUUCAUAUGCCCUCACGGCCGUAGGCGCAAGCGAGAACUUCUACAGUGUUUUCGAAGCCGAAUUACAAGAUGUCAUUCCUAUUUGCCGGACGACAAUCGCAGGAACACGCAUCAUCGGUCGGUUAACAGCUGGCAACCGCAAAGGUCUUCUCGUACCCACAACAACAACAGAUCAAGAGCUACAACAUCUGCGGAAUUCUCUACCAGAUGAGAUCCGGAUCCAACGAAUCGAAGAGAGGCUGUCAGCGUUAGGCAAUGUCAUCGUGGCGAAUGAUCACAUCGCGCUCGUUCACCCCGAUCUGGAGCGUGAGACGGAGGAGAUCAUCGCCGACGUGCUAGGUGUCGAAGUCUUCCGCCAGACCGUCGCCGACAACGUGCUCGUGGGUAGCUAUAUGUCGUUAAGUAAUCGCGGCGGCCUCGUCCACCCCAAGACCAGCAUACAGGACCAGGAUGAGCUGUCCUCACUACUGCAAGUACCCCUCGUCGCCGGUAGCGUAAACCGUGGAAGCAACGUGGUGGGUGCUGGCAUGGUCGUCAAUGAUUGGCUCGCAGUCACGGGCCUCGACACAACGGCAACCGAGCUCAGUGUUAUCGAGAGUGUCUUCCGUCUAGGCGAGGGUGCGGCGCCAGGAAACAUCAACACCAACCUGAAGGAUACUAUGGUCGAGAGUUUCUAUUAG